AUGGAUGCGGACACUCAAGCUCUCGUCGACAGGAGAUCUGGCGAAUUGGUCCAAUGGCACAUAUACUGGACAACACCGGCUCUCAUAGUAGCAUUGUUCAUGGCUGGAUUCGCGGCGGCAGUGGGCCAUCACUUGUUUUACAUGCAACUCAAUGGGCAGCCGGCCACCGAGCAACUGAAGAUGGUGCGAUAUGGUACAGCUUUGGCCUUCUUUGUGAAAAGUACACUGGUUGGAACUGUCAUCAUGUGCAACCGUCAGCGCAUCUGGUAUACCUUCCGACGGAAGGCGAUGACGAUCAAUGGCAUCGAUGGCCUCUUCUCUGCAACAGAAGAUCCGACGCAGUUUUUCCUCAACUGGGAGAUGAUCAGAAAUGGCAAGCUUGCUACGCUCAUGGCAGCCUGUACCUGGGAGUCUACAUACGACUUUCGGGACAUGAGUAAAUUCUGGCAGAAGAGCUUGAAUUUCUAUAACACCACUGAGCCAGCCGAAGAGGAAAGGAGAGAUGGAGAAGUAUAUCCCGCGGCAACGGGUACAGGAAGCUUCUUCGACUACUACGAUCAGCCGUCGAAGAACGCGCGCCGCUUAGCCUUCAGUAGCGUGUACAUGCAAAAGCCACAGCCCCGCGAAAACGCUUCUACCGUAUUUUGCGGAUCGGGCUGGAAUUGCACAUACACAAUCAGCUUCGUGGGGCCCGGCUACCAAUGCGAGGAUGUCGACAACACUGAUGAAGUCGACGUGCCAUUUGCAUUGUCUGAACUGGCACCAAAUGGAAGCCUUAUAUAUACUGCAGAGGUUGAUCAAGGCGACUACAAAUAUCAAGAUCCAGUGGACGAUACAGGAUCUUUAGGCGUAUUCGAGAACGAACCAAACCUAUGGAUCGGUUACGCCAUCAACACCUCCGAGCCGUACUCGCACGAUGACGAACCGGAGUACAAGGCCAAAUGGGGAAACGUACAUGAGCCCAAAAUAUUCAAAUGCGUCAUGCAGUACACCAGAUAUACUUUCAACAUGAGCUACAACCCCAGACAGUCCGCAACCCGCUGGCAACGAGAGUUCCUUCGUCCUGUCAUUGGAGACCAUCCCAUCGAACCCCAGAAAAACGCCGAAGAAUACAAAGUAACGGCUUCCUUUCACACUCUCGGUUCACUCCUCCGACGCUUCCUGCGUGGCAAAAUCGAAAAGCAAAAGAUCCUCAUCACCUACUCAGAUCUAUCUGAGACACGUCUAGUCAACAGCAGCACCUCAUACCCGUUUGUGGAUCUGAAGACAGAGAUACAAAACCUUUUCGAAGACAUACUCAUCACUCUUCUCAACGACCCGAAUCUAGUCGUGGUUCAGACUCAAGAAGUGCCUUGCAUAAAGUCACGCACGAUGAUGGUAUACGUGUAUUACAAACAAUCACUCUGGAUCGGUUACGCAAUCGUCAUCGCAAUUACUUUCACCUUCAUGCUGGUUGGCGCAUGGUCGCUGCACAUGAACGGAGUAGCGUCGGAUGUGCUCUUCUCUCGCAUCAUGGCCACCACCCGUAAUCCUACGCUGGAUCAUUUGAGCGUUGGGGCGUGUUUGGGUGGGGAUCCAUUUCCCAAGGAGCUGGCGAAGACGAAGUUGCGCUUUGGCGUCCUCCUAGAAGAUGAUCCUCGGGAGGGGCCUUUGGGCAAGGUGGAGCAUUGCUGCUUUGGCACUAUGGGCGAGACGAAGGAGAUUGUCAAAGGUGGCACGUAUGCGGGACUGAAGGAGUAUAGGAUCGAUGCAUGA